GUAUUUCUACCCUCAGUGCUUCGACUGCAUCCAACGCUAUGGAUCCGGUGUUAAUUUUAGUUAACAUAAUAGCGCUAGUCGUAGUUGUGAUAUGGUCGUAUAUAAAGAACAAAUAUUCGUACUGGAAGAACCGCAGAGUGCCAUACACGAAACCUUCCCUUCCCUAUGGGAAUCUAAAAGGUGUCGGGAAAGGUAUCCACACAAGAGAGUUCUUUAGUGACAUCUACGAAAAGUUCAAGCAUCAAACUCCAUUCGUUGGGACCUACUUUUUUACCGAACCUGUCGCAGUAGUCACGAAUUUCGAAUUGGCUCAAAAUAUUCUAAUCAGAGACAGCAAUACAUUCCAGGAUCGGAAAGAAUACUACAAUGAAAAUGAGGAACCCUUAACUGCGCAUAUGGCCUAUUUAGGGGGUGAGAAGUGGCGUCAGCUUCAUCAGAAAUUCGAGCCCCUCUUUAAACCGAAUCGAAUGAUGCAGAUCAUGCCUACGAUCUUGGAAAUAUCUGAUCGACUGGCUACAAUCCUGGAACCUAUGGCUGAGACUGGAGAACCUGUGGAGAUAAUGCCUGUCCUUGGGAGUUUUUCAAUGGACAUCGCAGGAAGCAUCAUUCUUGGAAUUAAAUGUAAUUGCUUGCUGGAUCCCAAUUGCGAAUUUCAGGCCAAAAGUGAGCGAAUCUCGGUUAAUCCUAGGCAAAGUGAGCUUAGAAGGAUUUUCAUGCAGACUUAUCCGAAGAUUGCUCGACUUUUCAACAUGAGGACCUUGUUUGAUGACGUGUCGGAGUAUUUCAUAAAAGUAAUUCCCGAUGAAGUGAAAGAACGGGGUGCUAACAGUGGUCAAAGGGGCGACUUAAUGGAUUUGAUGGUGCAGCUGAAAAAUACGGGGAAGCUGGAUGACAGUAGUGAACACUUUGGAAAUCUGACUGACGACGAGGUUCUAGCCCAAGCAUUUUUGUUUUUCAUGACGAGUGUAGAAACCAUUUCGACCACAUUAGGAAGCGGAAUUUAUCAGCUCACAAUGCAUGAAGAUAUUCAGGAGCAGUUGCGCAGUGAAAUUUUGGAUGUGCUGAGCAAGACCGGUGGCCAAGUGACUUAUGACGCGAUUAUGAAGAUGAUAUACCUUCACCAGUUUGUUGAUGAAAUCCUCCGUUUGCAUUCGCCAGCUAACCAUCUCAUCCGAAAGGCAGCUCAAGAUUACAAAGUCCCUGGAACUGAACAUGUCAUAGAGAAAGGAACGACAGUGUUCAUACCAAUCAGCGCUUUCCACUGCGAUCCUGACGUAUUUCCAGACCCACUAGUUUUCAACCCAGAUAACUUCUCAUCUACGGCAGUAGCGGGUCGUCAUCCAUGCGCUUACUUGCCUUUUGGAGAAGGUCCACGUGGUUGCAUAGGAACACAGAUGGGUAAGCUUGUGGUUUACGCAGGACUUGUCAAAAUUUUGAGGAAAUAUCGAGUCAAGUUCUCCGACUUGACUCCGUUGAAUUUGAGUUAUGUAAACUCUAUUCAUGGACUUAGAACAACGGCAGACUACUUCCCUGAAUUUGAAAAGUUGUGAUCCAAUUUUUGGCGUUUUCUAUUUGGAAACUAUCUAAGUUUCAAGAUUUUUGGGUAAUUAAACUUAUUUUAAUUAUAUUCCGGUUUAAUUUAAUUAAAUAUUUCACUUUUAUAAAGUUGUCGAAACUAAUAAAACUUAUUUUCUCUUUUGCUUCUUUUGUUGGUGUUAAAAGUAUGGUGUCUGUAUGGUUGGGUAUCUCUGAAUGUAUCUGAUCACAAAGCAUUGCUGCUUAUCUUUAGUAUCUAAAAACAAAAUAUAAAAUUUAGAAAUAAUAAACCUCCUCCGUU